AUGGCGGAGGCUUCGUCGGCUGGGGCGGCAGCGCCUCCGGAGGAGGAUGAACCGGAAUACGAGAGUGAUCCCGACGAGGCGCUGCUCCCGUCGGCAAUGCGUAGGAGGGAGGCCAGCGACGACGAGGAAGAAGUGGAGGGAUCGGACGGAGAAGGGAAGAUGACAAGGGCGGCGAGGAGGAUCGGCGGGAUCGGAUCAGAGGAGGAUUUCGACGGGCAGGGCGCGGCACCGGGGUACGAGGACGAGGAUUCCGAGCGGGAGGACUACGUGGAAGAGGUCGCGGAAGACGACGAGGAACUAGCAGAGGAGGAGGAGACGGGGGCUGCGGUGUACGGCCGUGCUGAUGAUGGCAACCACGUCGGCAGCGCGGGCCGUGCAGAAAUCCCGGCGGAGGGCCUGGAAUUUGCUGGAGAGGGCAACGGGUUUGAUGGAGAGAAUCAGGAUUAUCACGAGAAAAGCCAAGGGGAAGGAGAAGAGAAGAAGGAGAACGAGCCCUUUGCUGUGCCAACUGCGGGAGCCUUCUACAUGCACGAUGAUCGUUUCAGAGAAAAUGGUGGCGGAAGACACGGGUAACACGUCUUUUCUUGAGGAUAAUUUAUAUUUACUUUCGUCGCAUGAUUUAUUGUGUUUUCCCACGAGUCUUUCUCAUGAUCACGUUUGACGGUCUCUAAUCUCAGUUUUAAGGUCGGAGUGAGUAUCUCUUUGAAUGUGAAGGCUCUUGUCGAUUAGAUGACCUCCUUCGAUGGGUUAUAAAAGCCAGAGCAUAGUGACGCCUUUUAGGAAAAUCUGCAUUCCAACAAACUUUUAGUGCAACGACCAUACUCGCAUGAAUCAUUUUCUCUCUAAUUAAAAAAGAUUAUAGCUUGAUAUUUUUUUGAAUAUGGGAACUCGGGAUCGUAACCAAAAAAUCUGAGUUCCUUUUCUUGGUUGGGUAGAUAAGCUUUAGUUUGUCUCAAUCAUUAUAUUUUUUUUAUUCAUUAAUAAUUGGAACUGUGAUGCUAUCUCAAUUAUAAAAGUAAGUUUCACAUUUUUUUCACCUUCAUAAUUGGUAGUGUAUCAUUGUGAAAGUAGCCAGUUUGUUUAUGUUGUUCUCGAUUUAUUCAUGAAUCCAUCCUGUUUAAUUCUUUUGUGAUAUCUGAAAUUAUUCACGCAUCUGAUUUUGGCCUCUGUGUGCACAGUCGCAUGAAAGGUGGGCGAAAAUUGUGGGAAUCGAAAGAUGAGCGACAGUGGGUUCAUGACAGAUUUGAAGAAAUGAGUAUACAGGAUUCACGCCACAAGGUGAUUUUAGUGCACUAGCAUUUGCAUUAGAUUUUCCCUUUUUUUUUACAGUAAGCUAUACUUUCUCUAAACACAUUUUUUCAAGCACAUUUAUGGCAUUAUCAUUUUGGUUCACGGUGCGUAUUUCAGCACUGGUAUUGUGAUAGAACUAAAUCAAAACACUAGAAAUUCAUUUAAGCUAUCAGUAAAUUUGAGUACCAUCAUUCGUGCUCAGAAAUUGAGCGGAAGUUUCCAAAUUCUCUGUUGAUCUUUUCUUGUUACAAAUAAAAGAAUUCAGACUUAUUUUUUAGACUCUAUUGUAAGUUGAUUUCUUUUUUUUUUCCCCUUUUAGGAAAGAAAUUCUAGAGGGCGUUUUCGGGGUCGUGGUGGAAGUCGAAGUACUGAUCGAGAUCGGGGAUAUAUAAGAGGAAAUAAGCCUCAAUCAUAUGAUGAGAGGCCUCGUGCGUAUGAUGGUCGAUCUAGAGCUUACAGGGAUGACAGAUCAAGAGCCUAUGAUGAGGGUGGUCAUCAGAACCAUGCACCAAAAUCUGUGAGAGGCAGAGGGAGCAGACGCUAUGAACCUCUGCCUAAGAGUAACAGUGAUCAGCUGACAACUCAGAAUAAGCAGUGAGUGUAAUUUGAGCUUUCUCUGCUAUUCCUUUUUACUGCAUAACUUUGUUUACUUAUAAGAUAUAUUUUUUUGCAUCUUUGACCAUAUUCUCUGGCUUCUGUUGUGUAGGAGUGGAAAAUCUCAUGAUGGAGCAUCAAAUAAUAACGUGGCAAAGAAAAAUUCUAGUUCGUCCGGCAUUCAUGUUGAACAAGCUCAUCAACAGAAACACAUUUUUAAUUCUAGCUUGAAUUCUGCAUCACCUCCUUUUUACCCUUCUGGAUCUUCUUCUGGCCAAGACAUUUCUGCUAGUGCAAAGAGGGAUCCACAAUCUGCAAGUGGUAAUCAGAAUGCUUCUUCUUCUUAUGGAGAGGAUAAUUUUUCACCCUCGCACAGUGGUCCAACAUUUAGAGGGAAAACUGUUGUCGAUCCUCUUGUUCAGGAUAGAUAUGUUGUUGAUGAUGCUGCCCGACCUGUUAUUGGGAAGAACGUGCGUAAUUUACAGCUGCCAGCUUCAUCUUCUCCAGCCAUCAGCGCAACACAGAUGCCACAACGUGGUCAGGGAAGGGUUUUGACUGCAGUAGGGAGGGGCUCUGUGCAGAUGCAGCUUCCUUCUGUUCAACGGGCUGCUCAAGCUCCAGCUCAGUCUUUACAUCGAGCAUCUAAUCAGCUGUCAGGUCAGCAUUCUGGUGGUGGAUCUCAAGUUUCAUCUCCAUCUGAAGUUGGGGAAUCAGAUUCACCACGUGGAUCAGUGAAGUCGAUGUCAACUGUGUCUGGCAAAUCAAAAGCCAUCACCCAAGGAGGUGGCAGAGGGUCUUUUCUGUACGGUGGAGCUCAAGUUAUGGGAGCCAAUGGGGCCAUGGGUCUCGCUCAUGGUGAUCAAAAUUUUCCGGGCACUCCGGCUUUGCUGCCAGGUUCGACUUUUUUAUUAUUUUCUUAGAAUCUAUUCGCAGAUUUAUUAUCUUUUAUUUUUCCUCUGAUAAUUGCCUUCUUUGCCAAUCAAUCUUAUUGCAGAUUUAACGGUUUUUCCCCCGGUCGCAAAUCUUUUAGCCUAAUGCUCUUGUAUGCUUGUGAUAUGUAUAAUGUCUCUCAUUACUAAAGGAAGAUGCCAAUAUUCUCAAAAUGGGAACCAGGUUCCUGAAAGUUACAGAUCCACAAAACACACACCACAUUACUAUAUGAACGCAAGAUAACAAGUUAUGCUAGCGUAUCCCGGAUACAACCUAGUUGUUAACAAUGCUCCUUCUGAAAGAGAAUUUAUGGUGUAAUUCUAAGUGACUAUUUAUGUGGAGAUCCACAUAAGUGAACUUUAGUGGGCUAAUAAUCGCAUAUCUACCGUAGGAAUUAACGGGGAGACAAAUCCUGGAAAAUCUAGGAGUAACUACCCUAUUAGGAAGUUUACAAUACAGCCUUCUUUUGAAAUCUUAGUGUGAUAACUGAAGAUGUGCAAACUGUUAUUGCCCUUACGAUUUUUACUAUCGUACCAAGAUUAGCAACAUCUUGGAGUACCUGUUAUUGCUCUAUGACUAUCGUUAUAGAGUUGAAGGGUAGGUUGUAUAAAAGUUUGCAGAUCAUCUAUCCUGUAUGGGACAGUGUUAUAUUUCUAAAAAAAUUAUACUGAUAGACUGUGAGUUGCUGAAACGAAAAUGAGAGCCUUCAACAUGAAAACAUUUAAAAUGCCAUGAUUGUAUGAGAAAAUGUGAAGAGAUGAUAUAUAAAAUUUCAUUUUAGACAAGUGAAAUGGAUAUCUAUAUAUUUUGAAGUGAAAUUUAUGUCAUUGUGGCGGUUUUGGGCAAGUACACAAAAGAUCAAUAUCGGCACUUUUUAAUAUAUUUGGUAACCAUUUUUACAAUCUUAUUUUGAAAGAAUGCAAAAAUAACAUGGAAACGUGUUGAAUGUUAACCGUAUUGUCAAGUGUAUGCAUGAAAUAUUUUUCAUUCAAUUUAGUGGACUGCAGGCAUUAGGGUACCGUUCUUACAUGUUGCUUCUGUUUGUUUUAAAUGUGGUGCACUGCUAAGGAAUGAUGCGACGAAUUCACCAUUAUUUCAAAUCGUGGUGAAACGUUCAAUGAGGAAAAGCGCACUAAUCCCAAUUUCUUCUUGACAAAAUACUUCAGUUUUAAUGAUGAAUGGUGACAAUCUCUUUCUAGAACUUUUUUGCUGAUGAAAGAACUGAGACAUGGCUGAAAGAAACCAACUCAUCUGUCAUUCCCGCAGAAGUCCCCAUUUAAAUAUCUGUCCACUUAUGGGGCCUUCCUCUUGAAUAAAUUUGAAAGUAAAUAUCUUUCUAAAGGUAUACUCUCAAGGACCGUCUAAAUGGCAUCUCUGUAUUCUGCACCUUGUUGAUGGAGGCUAUAUUCAGCUCAACCUUCAUUUAACUCAAAGGAAACUAUCCUUUAAUACUUGUUAAGAAUCCACUGGACUCUCUCUCUCUCUCUCUCUCUCUUAGAUGGUAGUGAUCGCCAUGGUAGGCUCCUUAUUGGCCAACGAUCAGUAGUUUGUGGCCACUGUUUAGUUGGUUGGAAAGCUACAUAACUUGAAUUUAGCAUUUUUCUCUAUGAACCGACUUUAACGCCACCAUGUGACUUAUUGCUUAUUCUGUAUCACUGCUCAGAAAACCAAUGCCUGAUAUAAAUUUAGCUUAUUCGUGCCGUGAUCUGAAAACUGUAAGUAUUUCCUUGGAUUCUAAGAAUUUGACAUGUCAUCCUCUUGAAUUUUCUAACUACGACUGGAUUGUGUGUGAAAAUGCAGUGAUGCAAUUCGGAGGUCAACAUCCAGGUGUUCCUACUGUCGGCAUGGCACUACCAGGAUACGUUGCCCAGCCACAACUUGGUUUUGGAAACUCUGAAAUGACUUGGUAUGCUUGUUUGUUUUGCAUAUUCACUGUACACCCCAUGUUUUCCCAUGACAUGCUUCUUAGUCAACCCUUGAAACAGUUCUCUCUCUCUCUCUCUCUCUCUCUCUCUCUCUCUCUCUCUUCCUCGCAAAAAAAGAAGAAAAGAAAUAAAAGGAAAAAAAUGAUACCAACCCGUUUGUUUUUGAAUUUACGCUGAUUCCCAUACCAAUCAGCUAGAAAUGCGUGUAACUGGGUAUUAUUUUCUCUUCUUUAAAUCUCUUGAAAGGAAACUAUAUACUGAUCAUUAAACUCUCACGAAUCUCAGGGUGCCUGUUUUGGCUGGUGCUGCUGGGGGACUAGGAGGAUCCUAUGCACCCUAUUUUGCCCUCGAUGGAGGCUACUACGCCUGUCCGCCGGGACAGACAUCUUCUGCGGUUUCAUCCAGGUUCCCGUUCAAUGCCUCCUUUUUGAGGAUCAGUCUCCUCCUUUCGUCCAGUGCCUGAUUUCAUUCCUUCCGUUGACCUUUUGCAUCAGAGAGACAAGUGCACCCAAGACUGCUGCUAAUAACUGGAAGAAUCCUCAGAGACCCGGUACGCCACUUCAUGCUAUUUGUUUUUUUUUUCCCUUCCCCAAGCUCGGUUCUUCUACCACAAAGCUGCCGAAUCUUAGAACACCAUCACAGGUGUGGGUGACUUUGAAAACCGGGUAUAAGGCUUGUAGCCGUGCCCGAUCUCUGAGGCACGGGCCCGGAAAAAGUGGGGCCCGUUGACUCCUCUAUCUGGUUUGACCCGGUUUCUCGCAAUCCGCUGCCCGGAAGAAGUGGUAUAAAUAUUAUCAUUUUAUGGUUUUUACAUGAAUCAAAGUCAGCGCAGGCAUUGAACAUUAGUAACUAUUUAACUGCAUCUUUCCAUCCCUCAUGCUCUGUAACUUAUGUUAGCAAAAAUCUCCCAAAAUCAUAUUGCCCGGGAUCAGUGGCUUUGACUUUCGGUAAUAUGUUUCCUAAUUUGUCGAUUUCCUCCUGGCUUCUUGCAGAAAUUGUGAAUGAUGAGUUUGGGCAACGCCAGAAUAAGCCUCGCAGGUAAGGAUUACUUUAAUCAGCUGAUAGCUACAGUCAAAGAUAUUAUAUUUACGUAAAUAUAUGUAUAUUCAUAUUUAUCUACCAUUGAAUGUUGGUCGACUAAGUGUUUGGGAUAUAUUCUCUCUCUGGCAGGUACUCGGAGAUGAAUUUCGGCCAGUGA